AUGCAGACCAAGAACAAGACCAAGAAGCAGUUAGAGACCCCCCAAAACCCCAGUGGAGAGCUGGAUACGGAUCCACUUCACAAUCUCGGGGCUCUGGCUUCCUCAGAUGCAGGCCAGAUGUAUACGGCCAUUUAUCAGGUUUUCAGCCAAGCGAGUCUUGCUGCGAGCAAGUCCAGUCCGAUCGUGGAAAGAGGCAUCAAUAAGAAGACGGAAUUUCUUCCUGUGGUCACUCCAGUCCCUCGAGUGGAGCUAAAAAGAGACGAUCCCCACGAGACCAAAGCGAGCAUCUACGAUCGCUUGACUGUGCCAGUUAUGUGCGACCUGGGACGUUAUUUGUACAGCCUCGUGGAUGAUUACUGCGAUGAAGUGGCCGUCAUAGACGAUCCCGGCAGCCUUGAGCUAUGCAGAUUCGAUAAGAAGUGCCCGCACUUGACAUCAGCCACCAAGAUGGCACUCAAAGACCGCAGUGGCCUCAUCCUUGCCUUCGCUUUUACCGUCAUGUUUUUAGACGAUUCCGAGGACCGGCCUGCCUUUUGGGAUGCGUCACGCUCCUGGCAAACAUCUGCGUUUAUGCAUCGCAGACGUACGUACAAGCGUCUUGCAAAGAAGGUGCUCAGAACAAUAGAGGAGUGA